CUCCUCACUGAGGCGCGGCGCCGCCGCCUUCCCGCCUUCGGGCUCGCAUGGCGGCCGUGGUGUCCGGGCUGUGCCCGCCGCCCACCGGGCGAGCGGCCGCCGCUCGGGGCCGCCAGGCCGUGCUGUGGAGCCGGGCGCAGCGUCUCCGCCACCGGUUGCGGGCGCUGCAGGCCCGGCAAGUGGAGCGGCACGUCCGGCACCAGCUGGCCGGGUUGACGCGGUACCUGAGGCGGGCGGGCUCCGCCGGCGGCCUCCCGUCCGCCAUGGGGUCCGACCUGCGGCUGCUAGCGGCCAGCGCUACCGCCUGUCUCCGCGCCACGCAGGGCGCCUGCGACUCCGACGCCACCGGCAGCAGCAGCGGCUCCGGCGAGGAGAGCGAGGCGGACGGCGACGGGCAGCGGCGUCCCGCCGCGGCCUCCCCAGAACGUUGCCAUGCAGAGUGCCAGUGGGCGAUGGAGAGAGCAGCCAUUAUUUGCCGUUGGACGUGGCUGCAGGCUCAAAUCUCUGAUCUGGAGUAUCGAAUAAGACAGCAGACAGAUAUCUACAAGCGACUUCGUGCUGCCAAGGGCCCAGUAGUCCUUGGUGGUGACCGGCAGCCUGGAGAUCUAAUGAAGAAGCAGGGCCAGCUGGGUUCUAGGUCACUGGUGACCUCCAAAAAGAAUAAGUGGCUCUCGCCUUCAUCUUCUAUCCCAAGGUGCCCUGUAGAAGACGCCGUUCCCUCCCGCUUCCUGUUUAAUAUGCAGAAGCAGACCUCUCAUCUUAAGCAGUCUUUGGGAAAGACUAUGUGUCAAAGUCCUUCCUGCACCCCCAUCAGUGGGUCUUCAGCACCCCUCAGAGCCUGUGUCACGUCACCCCGCCAAGUCAACAGAGUGUUUAACUGUUGGCAUACUGGCUCCUCCAGCAGCACUUCUCUGAUCAGCGUGAACGUUGCAGAGAGAUUUGGCAAACCAAACCCACUUAACCUUGUUUCUGUGUUGGACAAUACCUGCAUUGCUGCUAGAAUCCGCCCAGUUUGCAAAUACAACAAGCGCAAGCUUGUCCGAGCUACCUCUGUGUCUUACUUCAGCAGGAAGCCACUGAAACCUCUCACUGUGAAGUGCAGCUGCGAAUGGCCCAGCUCUUGCAUCCUGUGUAGCUGCAAAACCUCUGUCCAGACAAUAGACCCUGAUACCAUGUCCCUAGGAGAGCGUGUAGCCCUCCUGGACUCUGGCUUCCACCCCAUACUCUCUUUAUCUCACGGCAACCCUCUCCACUUGCACUUUGAAACCUUACUAAGAGAGGAUGGAUUGCCUAGACUACUGAGCCGUGAACUCAGGACUCUGAAGAUGUCCCAUUUUGGAAAGAAGCAAGAUCCAACUAACAGCAUGUUCCCAAAGCUACACUCGUCGCUCCUGCAUGCCUCCCGUUCAGUGUUUGAAGGGAGAAGGCAGCUUGAAGGAACAUCCAGUCACAGCUUUCCUGUUUCCAGUCCUCAGGCACAUAAAUACAGUUCUUUGCACCACCCGUCGUCCUUGCACCCAGAGACUCCUCCAGCCCCUUCUUCCAGUCAGAUCCCUUUCACUGGCAGCCCAGCAGUGCAGUCCUCAAAAAGCAGAAAAGCAGAGUGUUCCUACGACAUCGACAACAUUGUGAUCCCCAUGUCAAUGGCAGCCGCCGCUCGAGUGGAGAAGCCUCAGUACAAAGAGAUCGUAGUACCAAGCUGGAGGAUAGUGGAGCUCGAGGAACUGGAGCCUUUCAAUCAAGCAGACUCUGAGUUGGAGGAUACUUCUGAUAAGAUGUACUCCAGCCAUCACUCCAAAUAUGAAGAUCUUGAACGAGCCUGCUGGGAUUCCUGGGCCGCAGCUACUUCCCAUAAGCGGGGAAGCAGGUCCUCCAACAAAGCAGACAGCCGAUGGGCUGGGCAGCCUCAGCCAGCAUCUCCAGUUACUGGAUUUAAUGGCCUUAAUGAUCUGUAUGUGCACGCUUCUACUGGCUUGUGCAGCCCUGAGACUUGCAACAGUUUGCAAUCCCUCUCUGUCCACAGUCAGACCAGAAUGGUGCUGUCUUGCAGUGAAGGUACCAGAUCUUCCCUGGAAAUGCUGGAUGAAGCAGUGCAGAACAUACAGCCUUGGGAGCCUCGCAUGUUUCCACUUUCAGAUUCUGCAUACCAAGGUCUUCUCCAGCACUCAAAUGAAGAUGGCUAUGACCAGGCCAACUUUCAGCCCUGGGUCUCUAGCAAUAAGCAGGGCAUCAGGCCUACCUCUGUAGACACUGUCAUACCCAGCUUCACGGGGAUGCAAUUUUCAGAUACACAUCUGCAAACAGAUGGCAAUAAAAGCCAUAGAGAAGUUCAUGGUCCAGCACUGCAACUCAGGAAAGCUUGGCAACAACGCUAAACCUGACCUGUGGUGUUAGCUGCGCUCGCUGCAGUGUCAGACGGCUGUCUGCUGGACUGGUGCAGUGGAGCACCAGCAGUGUGUGGCAUUGCUGCGUGUCAGACCUCGUUUCAGUAGCAGACAAGUAGAUUUCUGGAUGAGGAGGGGUUUAGGCACCUGAUGGAGCUAUGGUGCUAGACUUCCAAAGGAUAGUGCUUUUCAGAAAGACCAGUUUCUGGUCAGGUCCGCAAAACAAGGCUGAACUGCCUUGUCACAGGAAGGUUAGGUGCUGCUACAGACAGAGGAAAGGAGAUUUGAGUAAAAUUAAUUCCAACAGUAGAAAGAAAACAAUGUUUUUCAAUCUUGAUAUUUACAAAAGUGCCUACCAGGUGGCUGUUGGGUACUUUAGUGGCUAGCAGCAGGUUUCAGGGUGGUGCUCACUUGCUCCCAGAUCAAUUUCCAAAUGCCACAGAGGUCUGAGGAAGUCUUGUGAGUUUGAUAUGAACCAAAGACCUGGUGAGGAAGGGGAAAGGAGAAGGGUGCAUGGUAUGUACUCUAAAAUGCAGCUUUGAAAAAUUAAUCUCGUAAGUACAUGAAAAUCAGGUUCCCCUUGCCCUGCAUAAUUGAAGUUUUGUAUUGGCUUCUUUCAAUGAAACUGCAGGUCAAUUUCGUAACACACAGUUGUUUUGCAGUAUCCUUUCUGUAACAAAACUGAUGUGUUACAAUUCUCUGACUUUUUCUAUCUUUUUUGAAUUGCCUUCUGUCGUUGGAGUGAAGACAUUGUCUCAGGGAUUCUGGAAACAAGCCACUGAAGAGCCAUACAGCUGAGAAAAAUGUGCAUUCUGUAACAGGGACUUCCAGCUGCCAGCUGUUUUGAGGUGAGCGGGGCAGUGAGCUGUUUUCAGGGAAUGAGCUUCAAACCUGAUGAAUCUUGAUAGGUGUCCCACCAGAAUGUAUCAAAACUAAAACUGCUGUUAAGACUCAGUUGAAUCUGUAUUAAGGUGACCAGGAACCAUGUUCUAGCUUGACUAAAAUUUCUCACUUAAAAUAAUUAACUUGAGCAAAGGGUGCUUCUUUUUUACAUGCUAGAGCAAAAAAAAUAAAGUUCUUGGUAACAGUUCAUUACAGAAUAUACUCACUUUGCUGCCUUUCAAAAUGGUCUCUGAAAUUUAGAUUUCUGGAUAUGUAGUUGUCUUUAUCAUUCUCUGUAUCUCUGGAAGUGUUCUUUCUUGCAGGGAAUUCUUUCUGGGUUGGAGUGUUUGGGGGCAGGGGGAACACUUGCAGCCUGUAGUAAGGCCAGGGAUGUUUUUAUAUGAAGAUUGUGAUUUUGAUAAGGAACUUUUUGCCUCUCUAUUUGAUGAUGUUUGAUAAAGUGGUAGUUAAAUGCCCAAGCGUUGCCUAGUUAUAUUCUGUAAAGAAAAUUGCAUGAUUCAGUGAUACUCUCCUGGGCUGAAGAGUCAGGUAGCCCAAAGGCUGCCCUUCACCAGAGAGAUAUGGUUUACCACUGUAGUGGUGCUCUGUUACGCUGCCUGCAAACAGGUAAUGGCAACUUGGCAGCUGGAAGUAAUUGAUCUGGUUUGUACCACAAAGUGUACAGAUGGAGUGAAAUUAUGGAGAGUUCAAAAAGAAAUCGCAAAGCUGCAGAGUUAAGUGGAGCACUGCCACACCUGGGUGCAGGUUUCUGUUACUCUUUGGUUGUGUGGACCAAGGACUCUGCUGCUUCUUCAGGUUGGUUUGAAACAUGAAAAUUGGAGAAGCCCCCAACUUCAUCUUUAUUAUUUUUCUGGAGUUGAAUAUAGGAGUGCAUCAUGGAGAUGUACUCAAUUUUCUUAACUAAAAUUUGUUGUAUUUUGUAAUUGUAUACAGAUUUUUCACCUGUCACACUGAAUUUUUGUAUUUUGAAUGGUUGGAUUCACAAGUAAAGCAUUACUAGAGACUUGAUCAAAGCUAAAUGUUUUUAAAAGAGGAAAUUUGGGGAAAAUUGCUUCAUAAGGACUCAUUCCAUGGUACUAGAUGUGAUUAUGAAAAGAUAAAUAAAACUUCUGAAUGUACCCAUCA